AUGAAUUGUUUUAAUGGAAUACAAAAUAUAUUAUUUUCUGAACUUCAAAAAGCUGAGUACUAUGACUAUCUGGAAAACUUACCUUUUACUAUCAUAUCGUCAUCCACUAUGUGUGUUUUUCCAGUUAUCAUUGAUCUUUUAAAGUUGGCUUUAACAGAUAAAAUAUUCCAAAUUCAAAAGGCUCAAAUAGACAUCUGCUUUGAAUACUACUCAAGACUGAUUUGUUCUAACGGAUAUGAUACUUGCGAUAAAAUCGAUGAUUUUGAUAAUUCAAAUUGCCUUGAAGACCAUAUUAAUAAACGUCAAAUUGCACUCAAGUCUCUUAUUAAUUGCAUUGGUCUCAUGAAUAUCUUGGAAAUUUGGGAAGUCAAGCAUAUAGCAACAAAUACAACGUCACUUAACUACAUAUCAUUACUUCAUGAUAAUUCUCAUAUCU